AACGAUGAGUAAAACGUCUGUACUUUUUAACCGCCAUUUUUCUUUUGGUAGUUAUCAUGAUCAUUACCACCACCACCAUCCUUAUCGUCGUCGUCAUCAGUCGCCAUCAUCAUUGAUAGAAGACUUAACUAAACGUCUUCCUUUUUUUUCAUGCACCUUCUUUUCUUUUUUCAUACAGGAUGUGCUGCCAAUACUACAAGCCUUGCGGCCACUAAUCAAACCAGAAGUUUACAAACACCAUAUUUUCCCGCCUUUUACCCUGCGAACCUAUUAUGCACAUGGCUGAUCACCGCCCCACCUGACCAUGUCGUGGUUUUACAUUUCAAACUGUUUAACUUGGAAAAUACUUUCGAUUGUGAAGACGACUAUUUCUUGGUAAGAGAUGGCCCGAACUCUACCAGUCCUGUGCUGGUCAAAUUAUGUGGAGCUGCAAGAUUCUGUCCUGUGAGCUCAAGCGGACGAUACAUGUGGAUACAGUUCAUAUCUGGUGAAAGAUGGGUGUUCCCAGGUAUAAAUGUCACCUAUACAGCAGUAUCCAAAGAAUUGAUGAAUGGAAAUCCUGGUCCAGUUGCAUUAUGGGAAAAUAACACAACAAUAAAAGCUUCGAAUGACUAUCGUCAAAAAGUUGCUCCAUCCGCCUGCAUUUGGAACAUUUCCGUCCCACAUGGACAGGUUAUCAGCUUCCGUAUAACAGUAACAAACACAUAUUCCACACAGCCCACUAUUUGCAUAAUUGGAUACGUGGAUGUCAUAGAUGGCCCAAACCUGACUAGUCCAAGGAUCAAACGAGUGUGCAAUGGACUGGUGGAGAACCCAGUUCACGUGACAUCUAGUGGCAGCCACGUGGUUGUACGAUUUGUAUCUAGCCAAACUGGGGCCAGAAUGGAUUUCCAAGCGAGUACGUUCAAGGAACUUGAGACAGACCAUUUUGGCUGUUCGUCUUCCAUACCAGUGAACGUCACUUCAGACGACGAAAACAUCACCAGUCCUUUUCACCCGCAAUAUUACCCCAAUAACCAACAAUGCCAAUGGCGGAUCACAGCCCCAAAAAACUACCAUAUAAUAUUAAGAUUCCAAGAAUUCGACUUGGCUCAACCAGGUGACUUUGUAGAGAUCCGUGAUGGAUUAAACGCAAGUGCUGCCUUGAUGGGAAACUUUGUAAGAGACCCUGGGUUCACGAAGUCUUUGGCUUCUACUGGACGCUUCUUGUGGGUUCGCUUCAAGUCAAACCACGAAAAUGUAGCCACUGGAUUCGUGUUGAGUUUUAAGUUUGUGCCUUCUCUUGUUGCCCUAAAGAACAUAACAUUGGUCGUGUCUAACAGCUCACCUAAAAACCAACAACCAAACAAUGUUAUUACCAUCAUUGGAGCAGCACUGGGAAGCUGUGUUCUCAUUGUGAUAGCUUCAAUUCUAUUUGUGUUGGUUAGAAAAAAGAAAAAAGAGAUUCUUGCAAGGUAAUUUUGAUCCGCAAAGGUUGUAAAUCGACGAGUAUCACACGAGCAAAUCAAAAACUCUCGAAUACAGGCGCCAAAGGGACAGAGCCUGUAAUUGUUCGUUUUUAGAGAGGUACAAUAAGUACUGCAGAAAUCAAAGAAAGUGUCUGUAUUAGAGAGUGGCGUUGUACAGUAUUCCGUACCUGGAGGUUGGACCACCUUAAGGGUAGGAAAUUAGUAAUCCUGUUUCAAAGGUAUCUCCUCCUAUAUCGAAAAAGUAAAAAAAAAUAUUUCAAAUCCUCUCAUUUUCUAACUCUUUUCCCUCUUUUGAUAGUGGGGUAGUAAACAAUCAUCGCAGAUCAAUUUAUUGACUUUCCAGAAAACUGGCUGUUAGCUAUAUUGCUGAACC